AUCAAAAGCGAUUUCACUAGAUUCGUCCGUCUUCCUUGAUUUUAUCAUUUUGCCGAUCAUAACUCUAGGCCUGACUCGGUGGCACGUAUGGCUGUCGGCACGAGCUGGCGUGCCGAGGAUACGCAUGGAUCUGACAUCGCCUUGUCGAGUAACUGACCUAUUAUUCUUCGUUCGUAUACCUUCCCUGACACAAGGCAAACGACUGGGUUAAUUCGUUAAGGACCGGUCUGAUUACUAUUAUUGGGUGAGACCCCGGUUGCAAGACCUAAGUGUUACCCUCUGACUCCAAAGUGUAACACUGAGCCCGUCGGAUUGCAACGAUGCACGCGGAUCGACUGCAAGAUUCGCCGUCAAGCGCGGCGCCAUGUGCGGGGGAUACGUUUCACCUGCACUUGCAGGCUUUCUUACCUGUAGACCGAAAGCCUACUGCCGUUUCCUCGCCGGCACAAGCGAGUGCAACUGGUUACCAUGGUUACACGGAGAACCAUGGUUACCAUUUCGCGGUGAUUGAACGGCUCUCAACAACCACCACGCAGCCUUCUCCGAUCCAACCCACAUCGCGACAAAAUCUGGGUGUUUAUGACCCAGUGCGGCAUGCAGUAGCGCGUAUACACUCUCACGUGCAUUCCCCAUCCGCACAUACGAUCGGACGGCUGCAACUGGCCCAUACGUCCCUGAGACCCUCCAGCAGCAGCGGAAUGACGGAACCUCUUGGAACCGAACCUGCAGCAACUACACCGGCGCAAUCGACGCCGGCGCAAACGACCCCGGCGGUGGGGCAAGCGUCGGCGGCGCAGGCGGCGCAGCAGCUGGCGCGGUGGCGGCAACAGCAGGGCGCGAGCUGGCAGUCGUUCGGUCUCGACCUGGCGCUAGGCGGCGCGCUAGGCGGCGUGUCGCACACGGUGGUGGCGCCGAUCGAGCGAGUGAAGCUGCUGCUGCAGACGCAGGACAGCAACGCCGCGAUUCUCGCAGGGCAGCACCGGCGGUACCGCGGGUUCGUGGAUGCCGUGACGACGAUCGUGAAGGAAGAAGGCUUCUGGGCGCUGUGGAGAGGAAAUGGAACCAGUGUUAUGCGCUAUUAUCCGUCCCUCGCGCUCAACUUUGCGUUCAAGGACUACUAUCGCGUUCUCUUCGCCCCGUCUCAUCUACUCGCGGAGCCUUCCGCCACCCGAAUUGCAGCAGGAAACUUCCUGGCAGGAGCAGCAGCAGGAGCCACGAGUCUUCUUGUCACGUACCCCCUAGACGUGGCACACACGCGCCUAGCCACCGAUAUAGGCACGCGCAGGCAGUUUGCAGGCAUGCGAUCCGUUAUAGCGGCGAUCUACAGAGCGGAGGGGGUCAGAGGCUUAUACCGCGGAUUUCCUGCGUCUGUGCAUGGGAUCAUCGUGCAUAGGAGUCUGUACUUUGGGGGGUUUGACAGCGCGAAGCAGCUGCUGCUGAAGAGCAACAGAGGAGGGGGGUGGGGCGGAGGAGGAGAGGGAGGAGGGGGAGGGGGAGAGGGGGGAGAAAAUAGUGGGGAAAAAGGGAAGGCAGGAGAGAGGGAUGGGCAUGGGCACGGGCAUGGGGAUGGGCAUGGGGAUGGGGAUGGGUCGGGGCAUGCGCCGUUCUGGCUGAAGUGGAUGCUGGCGCAGGCAGCAACAACGACUGCGAGCAUCGUGUCGUACCCGUUUGACACGGUGCGGCACCGCAUGAUGAUGCAGGCUGGCCUCGCCAAGCCCAGGAGGGGCGAAGCAGGGAGAGCAGGGGUAGUGGCAGGAGGAGAAUCAGCAGCAAGAGGAGUAGGAGCAGGAGGAGCAGGAGGAGCAGGAGGAGCAGGAGGAGCAGGAGGAGUAGGAGUAGGAGCAGGAGCAGGCGCAGGAGCAGGGGUGGGUGUGGUUGGAGCGGCAGGGGCAGGAGCAGGGGUUGGAUUGACUGCUGCUCUUGCAGGGGCUGAAGCUACAGCUGGUACCCGCUCGAAUGCUGCAACGAAUGCGCUUGCUACUGGCGUAAAUGUGGCCAGAACGCCUGCUCCGGCUGCCUGCCCUCUCAGCCACUCGUUUGAGAGCCACCAGCACGAUCACGUGCAAAACCACGGCGAAACACAUGGGCAAUUGGGUCAAUCAGGGCAAUCGGGCCAUUCAGGUCAAUCAGGUCAAGAACGAGCACAGGGCCAAGCACAGGGCGUACCACAAAAGGGUCAGCAGCCGCAACAGCAUCACCAACAGCAGCGUCAGCAGCAGCAGCAACAGCAGCAGCAGCAUCAGCAGCAGCAGCAGCAGCAGCCUAGAAAGGUGGUGGUGUUUAAGAGCACGUGGCAGUGCUGGAAGCAUGUGUACCGGCAGGAGGGCGUGCUGGGGUUUUAUAAGGGCCUCUUCAGUAACAUUCUGAGAGGCACAGGUGCGGCAUUUAUUCUCGUGAUGUAUGACGAGGUGCGGCAGUUUUUGCACGGCGAUAAGGCACUGUAACGGAGGUGAUGGUGUUUAAGAGCACGUGGGAGUGCUGGAAGGCCUCUUCAGCAACAUUCUGAGAGGCAUGGGGGCGGCAUUCAUUCUCGUGAUGUAUGAUUAGGUGCGGCAGUUGUACACGAUACGGGAAAGGGACUGUGAUGGUGGUGAUAGUAAGGAGGGAGAGGGGUUUAUGGAGUGGCACCUACAGCAUCAGCUGCAGUAGCAGGGCAGGGGUUGCAGUGUUAUGUUGGAAGAUUCUGGUGAAAUGGACUUGCUACAUCGGAGGCAAUGAGCCCACACAGAUGACUUGGCACUCCACAUUCUCUAUUAUUGGAUUGUGCACCCUUGUGCCCCUGCUAACAGCAUGGAAGGGUUUUUGCACUGCACACACUACUGGGACCUAC